UACGUGAUCUUAUUUGAAUACUCAGAGACACCAUAAUUUAAGUGCAGUGCAUCGAGCUAACUGCGGAAACUGUCAAUUUCAAGGAAGCUUUGACUCGGACUCUGAGCAGUUGGAGAACUUGGUUCAUCGUGGGAGUAAACUGUAUCACUAGUAAUUGCCAGGAGAAUGGCUUCUAGAGGGCGCUCUGAGACGGAGGCAUUGAAACAGAAUUUGGAAGAGCAGUUGGAUAGGCUGGUGCUACAGCUUGGUGAUCUGGAAGAAUCUAAGGAUGAUCUGGAUGAAGAUGAGUAUGAAGAAACCAAGCAAGAGACUAUGGAACAGCUUGAAGAAUUCAGUAAAUCAUUAGAGAAAUUAGGAAGCGGCAAUAUGAGCUUGGUAGAUGACCUCAACUCUAUGCAACUGGCUAUCCAAGCAGCCAUCAGUGAGGCCUUCAAGACACCUGAGAUCAUUAGAUUAUUCGCCAAGAAACAGCCAGGAAACCUCAGGCAGAGAUUAGCACAGCUUAAAGAGGAUGAAAAAGUCGGUAGAAUUUCAACCCCUGAUUACACACAACAAGCAGUGGAGAUCCUCACAGCAGUAAAGAAGCUUGGAGAAAAGUUGACUCCUGCUGAGGAAGAGUACCUGAACAGAAACUCCAACCAAGCACUUAGUAACUUUGAGAAAGUAACCAGCGAUGUAGGUGGGGAUAUCCUGAAGGUUGCUGGGUCACAAGUUCAACAAGCAACAAAAUGAUCUGUAUCUCACACACACACACAGAGCGUCAUGCCUCGGUCACACAGCGAAACCUGCCCCAGGCCCACCAAAUAUAUUGCAUUAUUACCAAUGGCAUAACAGUGGUCGAUUUGGAGUCAGUUUCUUUGGUGUGACUGUUAAAUCCUUCUGGGAAACCAAGUCCUACAGAGAUAUCAACCAAGAAGAGAUUUGCUGAGGAAUGCUAGUAUGCAGUAUAAAGGUAACCCAGAAAAUAUAAUGGCAUGCAAAGAGAUACGUAUCCACUUGGUCUGGUUGCAGGUGGGCUCAUUCUUAGAAUGCUAAACAGCCAGCACCGGCUGCAUU